UUUCUACUGAGCACGAGGGCCGGAGGUCAAGGUCUCAAUUUGACCUCUGCCGAUACGGUCAUAUUUUUAGAUCAAGAUUUCAACCCACAUAACGACUUGCAGGCUGCCGCCAGGGCUCACAGGAUUGGUCAGAAGAGGAACGUGAAAAUCAUAAGAUUAGUCGGUAAGAAUACAGUUGAAGAGAUUAUAACGAGAAGAGCCGCUAAGAAGUUAUUGCUUACUAACGCUGUUAUG